CCGAAUAAACUUUGGACAACCUGAGAUCCACUAUAAUAAAAAUACUUUUUAAAGUAUAUAUUUUACAAAAAAUGCCUCAAUACCUUGUCUAACUCACACCCCCACAGAGGGGAAAACAUUUUUAACAUUUAAUUUUCUUGACAAAAUUUGUGCAAAACGAGAUCAUUUGUAAAAACACAACCAGUCGAGAUCCAGAAAUGUAUACAUUGAUGUAAAACGCAAAACAUGAGAUCCGGUAACGUUGCCAGAGUUACGUCUGGCCCGUCUGCGCAAAGAGACCAGUUGCACGUGCAUUUACGUAGUUUUUCAGAGUUUUGGUGUUUUGAGUGGAUAGUCAGUGGUGAUGUAAGCAAAAUUUUUCGACAUCAUGAUAAGUCGUGGAAAAAACUUAGUAUAUUUGGCCAGAAGUGGAAAAUCUAAUGUACCAUUAAACGAAGUGAAACUAGAUGAAUCCGACGAACACUCGGACGAAUAUAAUUAUGAUUAUUUAGAAGACCAAUAUGCAGAAGACCCGUGGUCACAUUUUAAAAAGUGGCAAGCAGCAAAGAAAAUAAAAAUACCAUUGGCUCAAAGAUUGAAUAACUCAUACUGUAAUCAAAAGGACAACCAUAUGGAAAAUGAUAAUCAAAAUUUUGAAGAACGUGUGCUUGAAGAAUUAAGACCACUUGAAACUAGCCCACAACUCUCAACGUUAGACCACAAUCUUCAGGGAAAUGUUCAAACCGGAUCUGAGAAUAGUGUUAAUAGCGUUUUAAAUGAUAUUCAAAAUCAUGAAGACCCUGUUAACCAAUUAACGCCUCUAACUACUACAGAAGCGGUGCAUACAUGUAACGAUCAACUUCUGAAUUCCGCCGAAAAGGAAGAUCAUAAUAGUGAUGACGAAAAUUCGCAUUUGUCGGAGAGUUCCCUAUUUGCAGAUUCAUCAGUUUCUUGGAAGCCCAAUCAAGAGAAUGAUGUCACUUCAGAAGAUAAUUAUUCCGAGAUAAGCGAGUCUAUCCCCCGAAAAUCACCUAUAUAUUUUCAGACCGCUUCUAAGGAACGUCAGUCAUCAAAUCCUGUCAAGUGUAUUGAAAGUUCUCUUGACGCGAAAAAUCCACUCCCAACGAGUCCAAAACCAUUACCUACAUCAGACUGUGAUUUAUCGGGUUCCACUCGAAGACCAAUUCAUAAAAAUCCUGUGGAACACAGUCUACGCAAGGGAAGAGUAUGGGACAAAAAGGAUCGCUGCUCUUACUGUGAUAAAGACGUCACUAAUUUUUCAAGACAUCUUUUUAGAAAACAUGCAGAAGAAGAAAGUGUACGAAAAAUCCUUGAACAGCCAAAAGGUGAACGCAAAAGAAAAAUUAUGAUUGAUCUCAUAAGAAAGCAAGGGAAUUUUACAGUACUAGGAGAGAAUAUAACGAGGCCGGUUCAAAGACCGUCUGCAAUACAAAGUAAAAAUGAUGAAAUUCUCCCAACAGAUUACCUUCCAUGCAUUUAUUGUAAAGGAUUAUACAAAAAAAAAUCUCUACGGAGGCACGCCCUUACUUGCUGUUACAAUAAAGAGAUUAAUCAAAAACACAAUUUUGCAAGCGAGGGUCAGACAAUGAUUGCUUUUACUGAAUCUCGUCAAGAAUUUCUAAAAAAAUCAAGAUUGAAAUGCGAAGUGUUUAGCAAAAUGCGUGCUGACAGAAUAUCUUUAAACGGAAAAAGUGACCCAAUAAUCUGUCAAUAUGCAGAAGACUAUCUGCGCAAACAUAAAAGACCACAUAUCAAAAAUGCGGUAUCAAACAAAGUGAGGGAAUUGGGAAGACUUCUCAUUCCACUUCAAGAUAUUUAUAAAAUUAAUUCCAUGCUAGAAGUGUUGAAACCUGAACACUUUGAUAAAGUAGUUUCCGCCAGCCGCAUAAUUUCGGGUUACAAUGAAGCAAAGCGAUCCUUUAAAGCGCCUUCUCUUGCUCUUCAUAUGAAAACAAUAUUAUUAGCUGUAUGCUCUUCAGCUAAAACUCUUAUGUUAAAAAAACAUCCUAUUUUGGGGAUUACCGAUUAUGACAUAGCACUCAAAAAUGUUAAGGGAUUUCGGGAGUUGGUCGAUGCUAACUGGAAAUUUGAAAUGAGCAGUCUGGCACUAAAGGACCUUAAUGAAAAGCAAUCAAUAAAUCCGCAGAAAUUACCAGUAACCCAGGAUAUUAUUUUAUUCAGAAAUUAUACGCAAGAAAUUGCGGAAACAUGUGUGAAAGAACUAGAAACGAAUUCAGAAAACUUGACGUCAUUCAAAAAACUUACGGAAGCGGCUUUGGCUCUGACAAUAAUUUUAAAUAGGAAGAGAAUCGGAAAUGUACAAUAUACACAAUUAUAA